AUGACCCAGAUCGGUUUCUAUGUGUCAGAUAACCUAUCAAUAGCCAUCGUCUAUCGAAAGAUUCAAAAUUACCAUUCCGCGAAAACGACCUCAAUCAAGAUAUCGGGCCUUCGAGGCCCACUGAGGUAUUUGGUAAUCUCCACCUUGAUGAUUAUGCCACGAAUUCGACACGUUUUGGCACCUCCAAUCAAAUGCAACAAGAAAGAUCUGGGCGACAAUGCGCUAUCAUCAUUACACUCUGGCCCCCCUUCGACCUUAUCCACUCCCACUACGCAUCUCAAAGCUGGUGCGCAUUCUCCGAAUGGAUCACCCCAUCUCCCGCUUGACGAUAAUGACCCUUUUACUGAGCUGGCAAACACAGUAGCAUCCGACCCCAUCAGCUCAACUGGUCAAACUGGCGAUCAGUUGAGUCAAGCUAUCUCAAAUUUUGGACCCCUGUCUGCCACUUCCGCUGGUAAAACACCCACGCGGCCCAAGAAUUUUACCCCUCUACCCCAGGCUUCAAGCGCCGCCUCAGCGGACCUAGCAAGCGAUGUUGAUCAGGUGACGCAAGUCCAAAAUACUCAGCCGGCCCGCAGCACACAAGAAACUAAAUCCCCCUCAAAUAUCAACGAUGGCAUAAGUUCCCUGUCUUCAUCAUUCCCAGCAAACCUAAACAAAUCGAAGCAAGGAAAUGUCGCUCAGAAUGGAGAAUUGACCCCAGAUUUUAACUCAGAGUUGGGAACUUUACCACUUGAUUUAACGACAAGUCUCGAGUCUUCUGACAAAGGAAGGUUUACAAACGGACAAAGCCACAAAAAAACCAAUGACUCCCAUCGGCAAUCCGAUGCCAAUAGCUUAACAGACGAAAUUCCAGAUCAGAUAAGCCAAAUUACUCCAAACCUUGGACCUUCACUAGCCGCUUCAAGCUCCAAUGUCCCGACACCAACGGCUCCCGAGACCUUUUCCCCUCUAACCAAAUCCUCCAGCGCCACCUCGAUAUCCCCAACAAGCAAUACUGAUCAGUCGACGCGAGUUCAAAACAGUCGGCCGGCCACCAUCACACCAGAAACCUAAACAUCACCA